UUAGCCUACCAAUAACAGGAACGGAGAGUCUUUCAGGCUUACAGAUAUUGGCUUUAUUGAAAAACUAGCUUUAAGUGCUUGUAUUGUAGCGAUGAUGCUCUGUUAUUAGUGAGAAUUCCAAUACAAAGAUGUAAUGAAGGAAAAGUAUUGGAUUUAUAUUGUAAGUACAUGACGGAUUAAUAGUGAAAUGGACAAUAGUAAGUCGAACCUUUUAUUUGCUUCAUAUGGAUAAUUCAAUUAUAUAUUGAUAAUGACAUAAUUAACAAAUUUUUGCCUACCUCAAAUCUUACAUCGAGUAUAUCUUUGCGCUAUUGCUGUAUAAAGUAAAUGGUGGAUGCUAGGGAAAUACACAUCAAGAGGCUUUAACAUUUUGAAAGAGAUUUGCCCUGACGAAAACUUUAAGGACAAAUUUGAAUCAAGUGAUACAUUGGUCGAACCCGCAGGAUCUGGUUUUACAAACUGUGGAAAGCACCUGUAUUAGAGCAAUGGAUCUGAAAUGGAAGUGAAAGUUAUCAUGUCAAGGAUAAUUGAUUUUAGUUUGUUCAUAUGCCUGACUCUUUUCGUGUCUAAUGUUUCGUUAUUGAACGACACUGACGUUUACUUAUAUCAGCUGUUGAAUAUUACAGAUACAAAUAGAACUGAACGAGGAGUGUUGUCACAUGUAGGAAAUUUGUCUACUGUAUCUGAUCGAAACGUGUCAAAUGGAGAAAGUUUUUACGCCUCAAAUACAACAGAAAAUAUAUUCAAAACUGAUGACUCAGAUACAGAAAGAAAAACCGAUUACGUGAAAGAACCAUUGAAUGAUUUAGACAAAUUUGAUAUGUUUAGUGAUAAAAAUAAAUCAACUAAUAAUGCAGGAAGAACUAAUACAGAAACCCCAGUACACACCAUGACAUCUUUGUCAUUAUCUGAUUCUGAAUCAAGAACCGAAACGACGAUCCAGACGGAGAGAAAUAAUCAAAUGAAUUAUACAGUUCCUCUAGGAACAGAUAUACAAAGUAAUCGGUCUAACGAACAUUUUAUAGUCAAUCAAACAGAUAUGAUGACUACAAUAAAGAAUUUUCUUAAAUCAAAUUUUACUUCUGUUCGGACUUAUACAGAACGCACUGAACAGAAGCAAAACCCAUCUGAAUUUACAACAUUAUCUGAAGAACAUUAUUUAAAUGUAACGAAAGUAAUUACAUUAAACAAAGAAAGUACGACGCUUAAUCUUAGUCAGAUGGGAACUACUAUUCACGAAGAAAGACACUCAACAGCUACAAUGAAGUACUCUGUGCAUCAAUCUCCAAUCCGAGUACAGCAUCGCCAUCCAAUGCACCACUUAAGCUUAGUACCCAUAGAGGAUGGACCAUUUGGAAGUCUGAUAUGGAAGGAUAAAAAGUAUCUUAUUAGUGUUCUGAUACCGAUAGUAAUAGGAAUUGUAGGAGCAGCAUGUAUCAUCGGAAUGACCUAUACUGCUAGAUAUUGUCAGAAAUAUGAAGACAAAAUCAGAGAUAUACGAUCGACUAUGAUCGAACAGACAUCAACUAACAACGAUCAAAUCGUUUUGCUGACAGAUUCUUCGGACGAAUUAUGACAAUGGAAGAUCCUCAAAGUUUCUCUUACCUAUAAAUAUCACAAAUAUUGUAUCUGUAAAUAUAUAUCAACUUAUACUAUCUGCGAAAAAUCGAAGGAAGGGUAGAGUAGUGUUUACAUCUGUGCAUAUUUUUGUUUCUAAAGAAAAACAAUCAUAUUGAAUUAUAUGGUAUUUAUAAAUAUGUUGUAUACAUCGUUACUGAAAUGUGUUGGAAGCUUCUGGUGUUCAAUAUAUCAAAAACAUAUUGAUUAACAAAAAAGUUCUUGAGUUACUAAUUUCAGUUUGAUAAGAUUAUGUCAUAAAGAGUAGAUAAAUCAUUUCUUUAAGCGAAGACAAUUAACGUGAAAACGCAGCUUAUUCUUUUUCUUAAUACUCCUGAAUAUGCAGAUCUUGAACAUAAACACCUUAUUAAAAAAUAUGAAACCCUUCCGGAUGUAUUAAUAUCAAGCCAAGGAGAAGCGAAAGACACCAAAGUGACAUUAAAGUGUAUCAAUUUAUAUCUUAAUCAUUACAUUUGCAGAUGGUAAAUUUUGUAUAAAGUUGUUCAUAAUCAAUUUGAAAAUAAAAUAAUGGGUUAACGUUGAAAUAAGCAAGAGAUCUAUGCAUGUCUAGUUAAUGCGUUAGUUGUUUUAAAGUUGUAUUGCCGAAUAACAAUUUAAACGCCUAUCACAUCCAGCUUUAUUGAAAGAUCAUUUUGUUCAAUUUAAUCUGAAAUUUUCCCUUUUUCUGAAAUAAAUCCAUGCUGUAAAAU